AUGAGCGGGGCGGGCGGCCAGCUCCCAUCCGUUCUGUGUCUCCUUGGCGCCUGCAGGUCCCCCUCCCACCUCGCCCAGCUGCAAGCCCACGUCCUCAAGACCCGCUUCGACGCCGACGCCGUGGUCGCCGGCAAGCUCAUCCUUAUCGCCGCCGUCACCCUCGACGGCACCCUCCCUCAUGCUCUUCGCCUAUUCUCCUCCCUCCCGGCGCCUGCCAGAGACGACCCCUUCAUCCAUAACGCCCUCAUCCGCGGCCAUGCGGAGUCGGACCAUCCUGCCUGCGCCGUGGCAGCCUACAGCUCCAUGCGCCGUGCUGGCGUGCCGCCGGACAGCUUCACCUUCGCCUUCUCCCUCAAGGGCGCCGCCAAUGCCCGCUCAUCCGCCGCCGGGCGUCAGCUCCACGCCCAAUCCGCCCUUCACGGGCUCGACUCCCAUCUCUACGUCGCCACCACCCUCGUCAGCUUGUACGCCGAGUGCGGCCACGGAGACGCCGCCCUGAGGGUCUUCGACGGAAUGCCCCAGCGGAACGUGGUGGCGUGGAACGCCGCCAUCACGGCCUGCCUCCGGUGCGGCGACGUGCCCGCCGCGGAGGCCCUCUUCUUGCGGAUGCCAGCAAGGAACUCGACCUCCUGGAACCUCCUGCUCGUAGGGCACAUCAGGUCUGGGGAGCUUCCCCCGGCGGCAAGGAUCUUCCACCAGAUGCCAGAGAAGGACCCCGUCUCGUGGAGCACCAUGAUCGCCGGGCACGCCGGGAACGGCGACUUCGAGGAGGCGUUCCUCUUCUUCCGCGAGUCGCUGCGAGCGCGUUGCCGCCCGAACGAGGUCACCCUCACGGCGGUCCUCUCGGCGUGCGCCCACGCGGGCGCGCUGGCGUUCGCCAGGUCCCUUCACGGCCGCCUGGACAAGACCGGGCUCCGGCACCUCGUCGCCGUCGGCAACGCCCUCCUGGACGCCUACGCCAAGUGUGGGGAGCUGGAGAUGGCGCGGAGGGUCUUCUACCGCUGGAUGGAGAAGAGAACCGUCGUAUCCUGGACGGCGAUGGUCGCCGGGCUCGCCAUGCACGGACGCGGCAAGGAGGCCGUGCGAGUCUUCCGCGAGAUGGAGGAGCAGGGGACGAGGCCUGACGGCGUGGCCUUUGUCACGCUCCUCUAUGCCUGCAGUCAUGGUGGGCUGGUCGAGAAGGGGUACCACUUCUUCUGCAUGAUGGAGGAGAGGUACGGAGUAGAGCCCUCGGUCGAGCACUACGGCUGCAUGGUCGACAUGUACGCACGGGCAGGGAGGCUGGAGGAGGCGUACCAAUUCGCCCUGCGGAUGCCGGCGAGGCCCAACGCCGUCGUAUGGCGGACGGUGCUCGGCGCGUGCAGCAUCCGCGGGGACGUCACCAUGGCGGAGCGGGUCGAGCGGCGGCUGGCGGAGCUGGAGCCUGGCGACGCCGGCGACCACGUUCUGCUGUCGAAUACCUACGCCACCGCAGGGAGGUGGGAGGACGCCGCGGUGGUGAGGACGACGAUGAGCCGGCGAAGGAUUAGGAAACCGCCGGGCUGGAGCGCCAUCGAGGUCGGCCCGGCGGUGUACAGGUUCGUGGCGGGGGAGGGCCAGUCCGGCGAGGCCGACGGCAUGCUGGCGGAGAUCAUGUCCCGGCUGGCGGCGGAAGGGUACGUGCCGGAGGUGGCGAGGGCCCUGCGAGACGUUGAGGAGGAGGAGAAGCAACUCGCCGUAGCCCGGCACAGCGAGAAGCUGGCGGUGGCGUUUGGGCUCGCCAGGGCCUGCCCCGGCGCGGUGAUAAGGGUGGUGAAGAACCUGAGAGUGUGCACGGACUGUCACACGAUGAUGAAGCUGAUAUCCAAGGCCUACCGCCGGGAGAUCGUCCUCAGAGAUCGGAGCCGCUUCCACACCUUCGUCGAGGGGUCCUGUUCUUGCGGGGAUUUUUGGUGA